AAAGGGAUGUUGGGAAAUGGAUUUUAGUUACUGUGAACAAUGAAUUCAGCUUUGCAUUUCUAACUGUAGAAUUUACUAUUUCUCUAAUUCCUUCUCUCCAAAUGCAUCUCAUCGUAGUCUCUUCUGGUGAUCAAGAAAUAGGGAUAGAGGUGAACUGCACCAAAUACAACUUAAACGGUGCCGGGAUUGCGUGCACAAAGGAAUGGAGACCAAUAUGUGGCAUAGAUCAGAAAACUUACAGUAAUGAAUGUAUGUUCUGUUUCCUAAAUAGAGAUAAAGGAUCUCAACUCAGGAAACUUCAUGAUAAUGAAUGCAGGGAGGUUGAGUGCACCACAUAUUCAGAAAUAUGCACCAUGGAGUACAUACCUCACUGUGGAUCUGAUGGGAUAGUAUAUGGCAACAGAUGUUCAUUUUGCAAUGCUGUUGUGAUGAGCCAUGGCACACUUUAUUUUGUAAAAUAUGGACCAUGCUCUGAGUCUCCCUGAUGUUCGAUGGCACCAAGUUUCCUUUGGCAGUGAACCAGUUUCUCUAGGAUGGCCGUGGGGACAAGUAUAUGGAACUUGAUUCUUCAAUAAAAGAUUCUCAGCAGAAAAA